AUGAAGGUCUCCGAUCUGCUGUGCAAUGACGAACAAGCUAUGUUUAACAUGUCCAAAGAAGACGCAGACCCGGCCAAUUCAUUGUCAGAGAAGAUGAAAAUCUCCAACCUACUGUGUAGUGAAGAACAAGCUAUAUCUGACGUAUCCAAAGAAGACACAGACUCGGCGAAUCUGUUGUCAAAGAACAAUUCCUCGGUUCCGACUGACGAAAAAAGCCCAAGAGAUGAAAGAAGCGAAGUGUUGGUACGGAAUAGACCAGAAACUUCAGCGCAGAGCGAGAACGACCACUGGACGAACAGAUAUUAUGAUUUCCAGAGAUGGGGGGCUGAAUUUUUGCAGAAUCCUCGACUUAAGGUCGAUUGUAGCCUGGGUAGCAGGAGACAAGUCGGGAAUCUGAGCCAAAACACUUGGGGAGUUUGGCUUGGGCCUUAUGGCGACAAUGCCGCGGGACCUUUUACCAGCCACUAUCCAUCCGGAAGUAUUCAAACCCACGAUGAUUUCAACGAGGAAGACUCUCAUCUUGUCGGUACUAUUACCGCAGCUAUAGAAGCAUUAUCAAUUUUGAGGAAAGAGAUAAAAGAGGCGAAGCGAGCUCGGGUCCACAUCGAUCAAAUAGUGAUAGUGGCUGACUCGGAAAUCCUCACCGACUACAUUUGUGGAAUUAUGCCCAUUGAAGCUAUCAGAAGCACCUCGCUAGAACUAAGCCAAGCUGUCGAGAAGUUGAACAGCAAAGUCGAACUGUUGGAGAAAUCAGGAAUCGAAGUUUUGUUUCAUAUUGUGGAAUACGGACUAAAUCAACACGCAAGAACACUGGCUGGAAUGGAAGCUGAUCGCAUUCUGUAUACAGUGGAUAUUGUAUCAUCAACGAAAGUUAAGCUACCAAACAAUAUGAACAAUAACUGGCUGGUAUAG